GUUGCGCUGCGGUUCCUCUUUGGGGAGGUGAGAGCUGUCCGGUGCUGAAGGGGGAAGAUGAGCUCAGCGCGCGCCGGGGGGCAGGUAACGUCAGCAGUCGGCCGGAGCAGGAAAAGACUCCAUACACACACCCACCAAGUGUUUAUCUGCGCUUAAUCACUGAUACACAUCGACACACAUGAAUAAUGGGCAGCUAAUCAGCUCCGUGUGACUCAGCGCCGAUUUUCUUCCGAUUCCUGCGCGCCUCGGCAGCAUCCCGCGCCCUCCGCUUGGCUUGAAAUGGGAUGAUAUGGGCUUUUUCAUGUCGACGAAGAUCGGAGGGAUUCUUGCUUUUGCCUUGGUAUUCCUCUCGCUGACAGUGUCAGGAGACCCUCUGACAGAUGUUAAGUGUGAGAACAUUUAUAAAGACUUCUCUGACUGUGUGUUGGAGCUGGGAGACAGUAUGGACAACUCGCAGGAGAACGUAACCAGUGAGAGCGGAGUGGCAGCAGUCUGCAGCCACUGGGAAGCUUUCCACACAUGUGCCCUCACAGCGCUGUCCGACUGUGAGCAAGAAGUCAGCUCUAUCUGGGAGACUCUGAGGCAGGACUCGAGGAAGAUGCGCUUCCAGGGGAGUCUAUUCGACUUGUGCAGCCCCAGCUCCUCUCCCAGUAUAAGUUCACCCCUCAGUACCCUCAUCCUGUCCCUUAUAGGCAUGCUGAUCAUGACUGGGUCCUCUGUAUAGAUGAGGGCUGAGGUGAGGAGGGAUAUCCCCUGGGUUCAGUCCUUCAGAUAUCAAACUUAAAGCCAAGGAUUUAAAUAGAACAAAUGUUUUAAUAAGGAUUAUUUUGACAGAGAGCCAUGGAGGUUUGUGGUUCAGCCAAUCAAUAUUUGCUGUGAUGAAUAAUGUUUGAAAUCUUCUCAUAUCCCUCAGCUUGAUCCUCCCACAUGUCGAGAAAUUGACAGUGUAUAGUAAAGGAAAAUACAUUUCCGUAAUAUAACUUAUGAGUAAAUAUUGCAAAUACUCCAAAGAUUUGAGACAAUCUCUUAGCAGAGUCCAAUCAGACAGUAGUUCGACACCUGUGGCUCUGGGAUACCAGUAUAAAGUAGGUCACAGGGAUUGGGCACAAUACCAUCAACACCUGCACAAUUCAAUGCAAUCUAAUGAAAUAGCCAUGCUAAGAGAAUUUAUUGUCAUUAUCAUGUUCUGCAGGAUUCAGACCUGACGUUUAAGAGCUGUGUAUUUGUGGAGUAAUUCAUAUUCUUCUUAUAUUUUAAUACAGCAGGUGUUUAUGUUUUUGUGCCCACACUUUAUUGUGUAUGGUUUUGUGAUGAUAGUUGACCGUAGAGUUCAACUUUUUAGGAGUUUGCUGAGGAUAUCUGUCCAAUAUUCAAAAAUGUGUAUGCUAAAAUCAGUCAGUUAGUUUAGCCUUGCACAUAGCUCACAAAGCUGCAACCUAGCCAAUCAAUAUUUCACCAAUUAAAAAAAAGAAC